UGUGGACCCCAGCACCACCACCACCCUGCCCCUUGUGAAGUCCACAUACACCACCUCCGACACUGCAAAUGUUUUCUUGUGGAUCUUAAGGAAGGCUUCCUCACCCACCCCCCCCUCACGUCCCUCUGUCGCCAUGUGCCCGUGUUCCCAAGUUUCCACCACGACCAGCAGACCAUGUUAUUGUGGCCCGACCCAGCCCCCAAUUCUCGUGCCGUGUCUCACAAUCCCCCUCACUAAAUCCACCACGACUCUUCCUCUGUGUCAGGUCCAAACUACCACAGUCGCUCCAGUGCCCCACUACGAGACCAUGACCUCCAUCUCCACCGAGACUCCAACAACAUCUGCCUCUUCUGUCUCUGAAACUACCACCGGACACGGACACGAUCAUGUAGAACCUACACCUGACACUAGACCCAGUACACCUUACGAUCCAACGAACUCUUCAGGAAAUGGUGCCACUGAGAUUCCAACAGCAUCUGGAGCAACUUCUGUCUCUGAAGCUAUCACUGGAGAUCACGGACAUGCUGGAGAUCACGGACAUGGUGGACAUCAUCAUGGACAUGGAGGACAUGGUGGAGGACAUGGACACUAUGAUGGACCACACGGAGGACAUCAUCAUGGAGGACAUGGACAUCAUCACCACCAAUCUGAGCCACCUUCCUCCACCAUCUCCACCCAACCUCCAGCAACAUCUGUUCCCUUUGAUCCCACCACCGAUUUCUUGACUGUUGCUCCAGACACCACCAGUGUGUCCAGUUCAACCUCCAAUAACGGAAAAUCAGAAGCAACAUCUGAACCUGCCACUGGAUAUCAUGGACACGGAGGACAUCAUCACCAUCACGGACAUGGAGAUCAUCACCACCACCACCACCACCAUCAUCACGGACAUGGAGAUCAUCACCACCACCACCAUCAUCAUGGACACGGAGGACAUCACCAUCAUGGACAUGGAGAUCAUCACCAUCAUCAUCAUGGACACCCUACACCUGACACAAGGCCCAUUACACCUUAUGAUCCAACGAGCUCUUCAGGACAGGACUCCACUGUGACUUCUGUUUCUGGACUUCCAAAUGUUACAGCAUCCCAAACCCCUCCAACAGACUCCACCACCCCGUGCCCACAGACGACGACUUCACAUCUCUCCAGUUCAACUGAGACGACGACCUCUUCUGGACCCAUCUCCACUGAGACUCCAACAGCAUCUGGAGUAACUUCUGUCUCUGAACCUACCAGUGGAUAUCAUCAUGGACAUGGACACCAUCAUGGGCACCAUCACGGACAUGGUGGACAUGGAGGGCACGGACACUAUGAUGGACCACACGGAGGACAUCAUCAUGGAGGACAUGGACAUCAUCACCACCAAUCUGAGCCACCUUCCUCCACCAUCUCCACCCAACCUCCAGAAACAUCUGGCCCCUUUGAUCCCACCACCAACGAUUUCUUGACUGUUGCUCCAGACACCACCAGUGUGUCCAGUUCAACCUCCAAUAACGGAAAAUCAGAAGCAACAUCUGAACCUGCCACUGGAUAUCAUGGACACGGAGGACAUCACCACCAUCACGGACAUGGAGAUCAUCACCACCACCACCACCACCAUCAUGGACACGGAGAUCAUCACCAUCAUCAUCAUGGACACGGAGGACAUCAUCAUGGACACCCUACACCUGACACAAGGCCCAUUACACCUUAUGAUCCAACGAGCUCUUCAGGACAGGACUCCACUGUGACUUCUGUUUCUGGACUUCCAAAUGUUACAGCAUCCCAAACCCCUCCAACAGACUCCACCACCCCGUGCCCACAGACGACGACUUCACAUCUCUCCAGUUCAACUGAGACGACGACCUCUUCUGGACCCAUCUCCACUGAGACUCCAACAGCAUCUGGAGUAACUUCUGUCUCUGAACCUACCAGUGGACAUUAUCAUCACGGACAUGGAGGGCAUCAUCACGGGGGACAUGUACACUAUCAUGACGACCCACACGGACAGGGUCAUCAUCACCACCACCACCACUACCACUACCAUCAUCACCAUCACCACCAUCACGGCUCUGGAGGUGCAUCAAACACAACAUCCUCCACUACGAUAAUCUCCACAGUUGAAGGAUCAUCUGAAAGCUCCACUAAAUCUCCUGAAGGCUCCGUUCAAAUCACCAGAGUCUCCAGUCCUGAAACAUCGACUGUGAAGACCACUCUGCCGCCAUGUGCCUCCACCACGACCACCCGCCCGUCAGGUGCACCCUGUGCCCCGAUCACACUCACUGCAGCGCAGACGGGUGACACUGGCGGUGACGGCGGUAGCUCCACCACUUCUACAACCACCGGCGGAGACGGCGGUCACUCCACCACUUCUACAACCACAGGAACCUCCACCACCGGAGGUGACGGAGGUGACGGAGGUGACGGAGGUGACGGAGGAGACGGAGUGACGGCGGAGACGGAGGAGACGGCGGAGACGGAGGUGACGGCGGUCACGGCGGAGACGGAGGUGACGGCGGUCACGGCGGAGACGGAGGUGACGGCGGUCACGGCGGAGACGGAGGUGACGGCGGUCACGGCGGAGACGGAGGUGACGGCGGUCACGGCGGUGACGGAGGUGACGGCGGUGACGGCGGAGACGGAGGUGACGGCGGUCACGGCGGAGACGGAGGUGACGGCGGUGACGGCGGUGACGGCGGUGACGGCGGUGACGGACGGCGGUGACGGCGGUGACGGACGGCGACGGCGGCGGCGGAGACGGCGGAGACGGCGGUCACGGCGGUCACGGCGGAGACGGCGGAGACGGCGGAGUCACGGCGGAGACGCCGGUGACGCCGGUCACUCCACCACUUCUACAACCACAGGAACCACCAGGUCUGACUCCACCUCGACCGCCAUCACCUCGACCGCCGCCUGUGGCACCACCCGGGCCUCGUGUGUGACCCUCGACCCUUCGGGAAACCUGACCCAGACCCCGGACUGCUCCUCUGGCGGCACAGGCGGCGCAGGCGGCAGCAGCACCACGAGAACGAGCACCACACAGAAGAUGUGCUGGUGCCCGUGUCAGGAGACCUGAACCUCUGCAGCUGCAACAAGACUAAACACUUUUAAUAAAGCAAAACUAAAAUGCUC